CAAGCAGCAGCCCAGUCUCCAGCCUGCGCAGGAUGGGCCCUUGCUGAGGCAUGACAGAAAAGGAAGUGCCGGAGCCACCAGCUUCACCUGCUUCAGGUGGGAAACCCAAAAGCCGGCUGCAGAAGCUGAAGCAGCUUUUCCAGCCAAAACCCAAGGAGGAGGCACCACCAGAGCCGCAGCCCAAUGGGGAGCUGGUCAGCCCCUCGGGGGGACCCAUCUUCUACAUCUAUGAGGAUGAGGAAGAGGAGGAAGAGGAGGAGCCUGAGCCGCCUCCCGAGCCCCAGAAACUCGUCAAUGACAAACCCCACAAGUUCAAAGAUCAUUACUUCAAAAAGCCCAAGUUCUGCGAUGUUUGUGCCCGCAUGAUUGUCCUCAACAACAAGUUUGGCCUGAGGUGCAAGAACUGCAAAACCAACAUCCACCACCACUGCCAGACCUACGUGGAGAUGCAGCGCUGCUUCGGCAAGAUCCCCCCAGGCUUCCGCCGGGCGUACAGCUCACCCCUCUACAGUGACCAGCUCUGCAUCAAGGACCAGCUCUCAGCCGACAGGAGCGACCCCGUGUUCGAGACCUUGCGGACGGGAGUCAUCAUGGCCAACAAGGAGCGCAAGAAAGGGCAGGAAGACAAGAAAAACCCUUUGGCUGCUAUGAUGGAUGAGGAACCAGAGGCCACGAAGCCACAAGGAGGCAAAACGGAGGGUGGCACCUCUGAAGGGAACAAGAAGGCUGAGAAGAGCCCAACAGACGACAAGAGCAAGAAGCUCCAGCCAGGGACACGUGGUGGCUUCCCCCAGACUCACUAUUUCGUGGCAAUUUAUCGCUUCAAAGCCCUGGAGAAAGAUGACCUGGAUUUCCCGCCCGGGGAGAAGAUCACAGUGGUCGAUGACUCCAAUGAGGAGUGGUGGAGGGGGAAGAUAGGGGAGAAAGUUGGAUAUUUCCCCCCAAACUUCAUCAUCCGGGUGCGGGCAGGCGAGCGGGUGCACAAGGUGACGCGCUCCUUCGUGGGCAACAAGGAGAUCGGGCAGAUCACGCUCAAGAAGGAUCAGAUCGUGGUGCAGAAGGGGGAGGAGGUAAACGGUUACGUCAAAGUCUACACCGGCCGCAAAGUGGGGCUCUUCCCCGUGGACUUCCUGCAGGAAAUCUGAGCGGGUCAGCACCCAGGGCCCCCCCUCCGGCCCCAGGGAUGGAUGGACCCUGCCCACAGGGAGGUGCUGGAGCGGGAUGGGA